GCGUGAGCGUGUUAUUAUGGAGACACUGUGUGUUCUUUUGUUGUUGUGUAUUGCGCUAUGUUUGACAAAAGUCUCAAGUUCAUUGCGUCUAGUACUCAGCGCAGAACUUGACAAUGUGGUUAUUGGCAGAACACUUCGAAUGACAUGUUCUACACCAUCACCUGUUUCUGUAGUAACCUGGCAAAGAAAAGCAAAAGGGUCAAGUUACAUAACGGUUGAUGUGAUUCAAGAGUUUGUAAAUGGUAAAUGCAAUCAGAAGACUUCUGAAAGUUUAGAUUGUUAUUGCAAUUCAGCAACCUCCUAUUCAUGCGCAAUAAAAAGAGUGAAUAUAUCGAACAUGGGUCAAAGUUGGUUGUGCACAGCCGCAAUCAAUCAAACGACAAUAUACAGCAACGAAUAUACAAUUCAUGUGAAGGACGCAACAGAAGUCUCAACAGUAGACAACGUUACAGACAAAACAUACACGGUGUCGACUGCUGCCUUAACAUGGGCAAAUGGACCAGCAAAUGAUAUUUCAACCGACAUAUCAUUAGAUGCCGUGUCUACCACUGUAAUUUCAAAUGAUAAGUUUGACGGGAUAACCCCAAAGUCAAACAACAUCUUGAACGUGGUAGCUCUUGGCAUAGCUGGACUUGUUGUCUUCUUUGCCAUCGGAUUUGUCGUAUUCAUUGUUAGAAACAAACAGAUGACGUUUAAUCAUUCAACCGUUGCAUCGUCGAAGACUGAAUCCUAA